AUGAAGUGCAAGAAGAUGCUAGAGGAGUUGAAUGUCAAGAUAUCUCUCAUGGACGCAAUUCAGAUGAUUCCUUCAAUGCGCAGUCUAGUGAAGGGGCUGAUCUCUGAGAAAAUCUCUGCAGACAGCGAUAUCAUGAUGGUCUCAAAAGAAUGCAGCACAGUCCUUCAAAACAGAACAGUCAGGAAAUUGGAAAAUCCUGGAAAAUUUUUCCUCUCGGUUCAUAUUGGAAAAACAUUGUUCGCAUGUUCUUUAUGUGAUCUAGGUUCCAGUGUGAAUCUCAUGCCCUACUCAGUUGCAAAACGCAUGGGACUAACCAAUUUCAAGCCAACCAGGAUCUCACUGGUGUUCGCAUACAGAUCAGUCAAGUUACCAAUAGGUGUUCUCGAAGACCUGCAAGUUCAAAUUGGCAACACCACUGUUCUGGCGGAUUUCGUGGUUCUGGAGCUAGAAGAUGAACCGAAAGACCCUCUCAUUCUAGGUCGACCCUUCGUAUGCACAGCUGGUGCAAUCAUUAAUGUGCGCAAUGGGAGAAUCGAUCUCCAACUAGGAGAUAUUGUCAUGAAGUUUGAGAUGGACGAGCUGCUCAAACGACCUAUGCUAGAUGGUCAGAACUUCACGAUUGACGACGAGAACGCCGCCUUGACCCCUCAACAAGGGAUGAUCGAAGAAAUACUAGUGGAUGAUCCUUUGGAAGUAGCUCUGACACGAGCAGAGUCUGAGCAAAACACGAGCAACAUUGAUGCUGAUGGGUACGAGAAGAUGCUUGAUUCGGGUAAAAGCAUUGAGAAGAUGGUCACUUUCCUAAGUCUGGGGGAGACGAGCAAUCAGCCUCCACCAAAAGGAGCAACUGUUCCUAAACAAGGUAACAAACCGGCCAGACUGCUCGAUGAUUCCUGGAGCGAACUCAAGGCUCCAAUGAUCGAAUUAAAGUCCCUCCCAGCGGGGAUCAGGUAUGCGUUUCUUGGACCUAAUUCCACAUAUCCUGUCAUUAUGAACUCUGAACUCAAUAAUGUGGAAACUGCUAAACUCUUGUGUGAAUUGAGAAAAUACCGUAAGGCAAUAGGGUAUUCAUUAGAAGAUAUUCCUGGAUUUUUGAUAGCAAGUGGGUUAGUCAUGUUCAUGUAG